AGAGAGAGAGGGAGGGAGGGAGGGAGGGAGAGGCCGAGACCGAGACCGAGACCGAGUGGGGCGUGGGUGCUGAGCUAAGUCACUGGCAAAGUUGACUCCCCUCCCGACAGGAGCUCGUCGCGUCGCUCCACCGACCACACCACCUGCGCAACCAUGGAAGAAGAGCCCCCCCGCGCCGAGGCGUCCCACCCCGAGACCAGCAGCGUGACGGGCAGCACCCACACCGUGCCGGAGCCCGAACCCGGGCCCCCCGAGAAUGCCGAGCUGCUCAUCCCGAGCGUCGGCGCGUCGUCCGCCCGGUCCUCCCCCACCCAGACGGGCACCCUGGCCCGGCUGGGUUUGAAGGUUCCCGCCAGCCCCUCCUCGGCCGCCGCCCCGGGCAGCCCGGUGGACCGCGGCCAGGUGAGCGCCAUCACCGUGGUGGCCCUGCUGGACAAGCUGGUCAACAUGAUGGAGGCGGUGCAGGACAACCAGCGGCGCAUGGAGCAGAAGCAGGCCGACCUGGAGGGCGCCGUGCGGCUGGUGCAGGGCGACGUCAGCCGCCUGUCCAAGACGCACGUGGGCACCUCCAACAGUGUGUGCAAGCUGCUGGAGCGCUCGCGCAAAGUCAGCGGCCACCUGAAGGAGGUGCGCGAGCGCUUGGACAAGCAGGCGGGGCAGGUCAAGAAGCUGGAGGCCAACCACAGCCACCUGCUCAAGAGGAACCACUUCAAAGUCCUCAUCUUCCAGGAAGACAAUGAGAUACCUUCCAGUGUGUUGGUCAAAGAUUCCAUCAAGACUCCACAACCAAGCCAGUAUGACGCAGAGUCCACUCAGCCCGACAUGUCCGUUGCCAGCUCCGUCGACGGUCUCCAGACCAUCAGCCUUUCCUCAGAUGAGGAUGUCUCCGUCGACAGAGCGGAAGGAGAAGAGCUGGAGUGCGGGGCCGCAGGGGGGAGCUCCUAUAUGUUUGAGCGAAGGUCUGACAAGUUCAAGCGCUCCAGUCUGAAGAAGGUCGACAGCAUCAAGAAGGCCUUCUCGCGCCAGAGCAUCGAGAAGAAGAUGGCACAGAUCACCACCAAGAUUGUGCCGCCGGAAAAGCGCGAAAAGAUCAUCAGGACCCUCAGUCCGACCCACCCCAAGAGCCCUUCCGCUAAAAGCUCCACAUUCAAGGUGUCGCCCAUGACUUUCAACGUCAAGAAAAUGAGAGAUGGCGAGGCUCCUUCGCAAGACCUGACCUCCGGGGAAGAGGCCCACGCGGAGAUGGCGCCACUGGAAUGCUUCGCCGGAGAUACGGCAUCGGACGAGAACGCCGCACGGAAGAGUCAACCGAUGGCGAGCCGGUCCGCCGCGGGAAGCGUGAAGGCGGAGCUGACGAUCAACGGAGACCCGCCGAGCAUCCAGUGUGAAACAAACGGCAAUCGUUCCGCCGGUCUCGCCGUCCCCGAGCGCGACGACGACGUCGGCGAGGAUAAAGAUGACGAGCGAGAUGAAGAAGCAGGGGAGGCCCGCAAUCAUGAAGAGAAGCAGCCCCUGACGGCGGCGACGGAAACAGCUGCUGUCAAGCAAAUGUCCUAAUCACCGCUCCGGGUUUUCCUACGGUCACCGAGUAGGAGUCAAAUGUUUCUUGCUUAGUAUACGGGAGUAGAGUUGGUCCAAACAUACUUCGAUUGUCCAACUGCACUGUCCUCGGUAGACAGGGCUGGGUUGCCAUUUUGUGGCCUCUUUGGAAGUUUCCCAAAGAGCGCAAAAGAGAGGUGAUGUUAAAAAGGAAACAGUCAAUUUGUGAAUAGCAAAAUGAGAAUAGGCGGGGAUUUGAUUUCAUAGGAGAAAUAGAAGAAACUAGGAUAUCCGUUUGUCUCGUCACUAUUGUACGUCACGAUUGCAAAAUCUUGUCAUUUCUGUUGCGGUGAAUGCGGCUCAUUCUAGGCAUCCACCGGUAGCCCAAGUUUCAGGUCGCUUUCCACUUGGACACCACGCUCACGGUGUUCGGCGAUCGGCCGUUGACUACACACGCAGAUUUACAGAUUAGAAAUAUCGAACAGGUUGAAUGUUUACGAUGGCCCCACCUCAGAAAAAGUUAGCCAGAUAAUCCUCAGACGUCCGAUUAUUGGACCUUCGCUGACUUUGAUCAAACUUGAGCUGGGAAUCUGCCCGGUUUAUCGGGAAGGUAACGUUCCAAACGUCGUGGUAAUCGAGGCUUCUUGAAAACGGUCCCAUCAGCUGCUGCGCACAAAUUGGACGGCAGCACAUCUCCGAGGCAGUGGUCCAGGUAUGCCCCUCUCGCCGGGCUCAUCUGUCUCUCUACUGAAAAACAGCCUUUGUUCUGGCCUCUUUUGUUCCCCAUCUGAAAACGAGUAAAUCUUUGGCAACAAAACUGUGGAGGUAGUAUGUUGCCAGGUUAUGCAAGAACAAGAAUGGGGAGCCGGGGCUUAGGUUUCGAGGCUCUCUAUUCUCUUUUCGAGGAAAUAGGUGCCCAAUUUUACACUGCUGGUCGAGAGAGCUAACUGGUGAGGUAUCUAAGCAGUAACUUCACAUCAUCCCCAAAGUAGUAUCACCGCUAAAUUUUGGUUGUGCAUUUGCAACACAGCCGAAUGUUGUAAUAGCACGUUGACACUUCAGAAAAUAGAAUGUUGGAAAAAAAAAACAAAAAAACAAAGUCCUGUAGAUAUGUAUUGAAUGAUGACUUGCUCCUGGGCGGAUUCAAACCUUGAGUCGCUCUUUUUUUUUUUCUUUUUUUAGCUUAUCUUUUAAGUGACUGCCUCUCCUGCGGUGACAUGCAACAGCAUAGUCCUGAAAGCGUCUGCAACGUGCACAAGCUGGUAUGAGUAAUUGCACUCCUGAAGGAGUGGAUUCCUGUGAUUUGGGAAGAUAAGACCAAUGGUAAAACAUGCCCCCCCCCUCUUCUUUUCUUCUGCAGGGUUCUAUGACGAAGACCGUUUUGUAAACAUUUUGCAUUGUCGAGGUUAAACACAAAGGCGUUCCUUUUAAAUCUACUUAGCUCCCGUGCAAAUUUCAAAAUAAACAGAUUAUGGAAAUUUGACUGGGUGUACAAAUAGCUGCGAAAUUACCCAAGUAAAUAUUUAGUUAGCGACCUCCUGUAUUUCUGAUGAUGUGUCUGUUUUUACGUAGCAUCUGGCUAAGUUGUUGACGGGCAGGUGGGUGGGUGUGGGGGUGGGGGUUGCAUUUGGCCAAACGUCUGAGGCAUGACAAAGUGUAUUUCCAUCAAGUGCUGCUUCUACAAGAGAAAGUACAAUCGAAUAUUUAUGGCUGCUUGCUUUCUGGAGUUUGUGGGCUAUGUUUAAAUUAGCCGGUGGUGGCUUUGCGCGAUUCAUUUGCAGUCUGGACAGGGAGAGGUGAGCUUUCUGCUACGGGGGAGUCUCUAAAAGAAGUGAAAUUUGUUACCGGUCCCUUUUUUUGAAAAUUUGUCUCAAGGCAUUUGAAAAGUGGCUUAGGUGGCAAAAUUGAGCAGCCCUCACUUUGCGGCACUGCCCGACCUUCGCCCCCGGUUGUCAUGGUAAUGAAAUCAUGAAGCAGAACCACCCACCCGAGACAAAGCAAUUUCAACCAGACUGCGUUCGGGGAUGUUCAAUGUGCUGUAAUUAUAUAUUUUGACCAUCAAAUGUCAGAACUUUUCAUUAAGACACCUGGGAACUGUUUUAUUUUGUGAAAAAAAAAGUACAGCAUGUCUCCUUACACCUAUAUUUCUCCGUUUGCUCAUCUGAUAUCGAAUGGGAUCAAAUAAAGUUCGACUUGCAGCCACACACUGUAUUAUUCUCUUUUUCUAUUGAAUAUAAUCAAAGUUCAGCAUGAUAUCUCUUCUUUUCUUCAACUAAUGAUUGAACUAAGAUGUAACACUUUUCUCUGUACAAUUGGUGCGGUCCAGUGGUUUGAAUCAUACAUAAAAGUAGGAUUUUCUCUGCUUCUCAUCCUCGAUUUAACUUUGCUGUCAUUGCUUUCGUUUGAAGAAAAAAAAAAGUAUGUUUUUAUGUAUGUUGCCCUACUGUUGGUUCAGACUUUGUAAUCUUUGUUCUUGACAUUCAGUUCUAAAUAAAUGUAUUAAAAAACAAAAAAAAGAAAUACGGUCAUGGUGUUGCUUUUAUACCUUCACUGGAUAGAAGUUAAGCGAGUGGGAAACCAGCAAUGCCUUCACUCCCAUUGCUAACAUCUUGUGAAUGUGCAGGAUUUUUUUCUUUCAAACAUUAGCCUUGUCUGCCACAAUAAAGGAAUAAAACACGAA